UUUUCUCCAUCGGUCCAUUCUCAUUCCGUUCGUACGUACAUACCAACCCCUCUCUCUGAACUUUGUCGUUCUCACUCUCGCGCGAUUAUCGGUGGCUCGAGUCGCGACGCGCGACUGUACGCGAGACGAGUCUAUCAGAGAAGCGUCGGGAAGCAUGGUGGAUCAACAGCAGCCGGACCAGCAACAGGAAGCCGUGCCAAGCGUGGUGGAGUUGAACGUGGGCGGUGUGUUUUAUACCACCGCUCUGACCACCCUUACCCGGGAGAGCGAUUCUCAUCUGGCCGCAUUGUUUUCGGGGAAAACGCCGGUAGAGAAAGAUGCGAAGGGGAAAUAUUUUCUGGACCGGGACGGGGUACUGUUCCGUUACGUGCUUGAUUUUCUGCGCAAUCAAGCAUUGGUCCUGCCGGAGGGGUUCCGGGAGAAGGAGAGAUUGAGGCAGGAGGCGAAUUUUUACGGUCUGCCCGGAUUGGAACGUGCCAUUCUGGAGAACGGCAAGUCUUCCGGUUCCCUGACCUCUUCCGGGAAGAGAGCAUCCGGACACAUAACCGUGGGUUAUCGCGGAAGCUUUGCAUUCGGCCGCGAGGGUCUGGCGGAUGUAAAAUUUCGGAAGCUGUCGAGGAUCCUUGUAUGCGGUCGUGUGACCCUUUGUAGGGACGUGUUUGGGGAAACUUUGAACGAAAGCCGUGAUCCGGACCACGGUACUACGGAUCGUUACACCUCGAGAUUCUUCCUGAAGCACAGCUCCAUCGAGCAAGCUUUCGACAUGCUUCAAGAGCAAGGUUUUAAGUUGGCCGGUAGCUGUGGUUCCGGCACAGCUGGCGGCAAUUCGGAACAACUCAAGCCUGGAGUGGAUUUUGAGGAGAAUCGUUGGAAUCAUUACAACGAGUUCGUCUUUGUCCGCGAGUAAAUACCACGCUUCGUUCUUCCUUGGUCUGAAUUAGAUGAACAAAUGGGAAUAGUUGUUGGGAAUAGUCGGAUGUCCUUUCGACACGAUCCAAUUCCGACAUCGAAA